UGACCAUUAUUACUAAAGUAUUUCGCGCCAAAAGUUGAGAGCAGCGCCCGGGAGAGAGAGGGAUUGUUGUUGUCAUUUUCCUCCACUAAACUCCCUUCAAACCUUCGCCUCAGACGUUAUUAUGGCUGCUAAGGCUCGUGACUAUGACCAAGAGAAGGAAGCAAUAAAGCGAUUCCUGGCCGAAUUUCAUAAUGUUGGUGAAGAUGGUCGGAAACACUUCAAAUAUGCUGCUCAGAUGGUCAAGGUUGCACACCGUGAGCAAGUGAACUUGACCAUUGAUAUUGAUGAUGUUGUGGAAUUUGACCCUGAUAUGGCAGAAGCAAUGGUGGCGAAUAGUCGUCGAUACAUUAAUCUUUUCUCUGAGGCUGUUUAUGAAUUGCUUCCUGAUUACAAACAGAAAGAGACUGUGGCUAGAGAUGCUUUGGAUGUGUACAUUGAGCAUCGUCUGAUGAUGGAGCAGCGCCUGCGCCAGCCUGGAGAGACUCGAGAUAUUCGUAACAGAUAUCCACCAGAGUUAAUUAGGAGAUUUGAGAUUUGCUUCAAAGCACCAUCUACACAGAAGACUCUAUCUAUCCGCAAUGUUAAGGCUUCUCAUGUUGGCAAGCUGGUGAUGGUGCGCGGUAUUGUAACAAGAUGCACAGAAGUUAAACCAAUGAUGCAGGUGGCCACUUACACCUGUGAUCAGUGUGGUGCCGAGACCUACCAGCCUAUUCAAUCUACAAGCUUCAUGCCCCAUUUAUUGUGCCCAAGUGAAGAUUGUCGUGUAAAUAAAUCCGGUGGGCGCUUGUACUUGCAAACACGUGGAUCAAAGUUUGUUAAGUUCCAAGAUAUAAAAGUUCAGGAGCACUCGGACCAGGUGCCUAUUGGCAACAUCCCACGCUCUCUGACAGUUAUGUGCCGUGGAGAACAGACACGGCUCUGCCAGCCGGGUGAUCAUGUUGCAAUCACGGGUGUAUUCAUGCCUCUCCUACGUCAGGGGUUCCGUGCUAUGAUGCAAGGCCUUCUCUCUGACACGUAUCUUGAAGCUCAUCGCAUCAUUAAAAUGAACAAAAUGGAGGAUGAUGAGCUUGGAGCAGAAGAGUUAACAGAAGCAGAAAUCAAGCAAAUUGCUGAGGAAGACUUCUAUGAUAAACUUGCAACCUCCAUUGCUCCAGAAAUCUAUGGCCAUGAAGAUGUUAAGAAGGCUCUUUUACUUUUACUAGUUGGUGGUGUAGAUUGUCACCCCAAUGGCAUGAAGAUACGUGGCAGCAUUAACAUUUGCCUAAUGGGUGACCCUGGUGUGGCCAAGUCUCAGCUUCUCUCAUACAUUGAUCGUCUUGCCCCACGCAGUCAGUAUACCACUGGUCGAGGUUCCACAGGGGUGGGUCUGACCGCGGCAGUUAUGAAGGAUCCUUUAACAGGAGAGAUGACACUUGAAGGAGGAGCACUGGUGUUAGCAGAUCAGGGAAUUUGCUGCAUUGAUGAAUUUGACAAAAUGGCUGAUGCUGAUCGUACUGCCAUCCAUGAGGUUAUGGAACAGCAGACAAUUUCCAUUGCUAAGGCAGGUAUCAUGACAAGUCUUAAUGCUCGUGUAAGUAUCCUUGCUGCAGCCAAUCCUGCUUAUGGUCGGUAUAAUCCCAAGAAAACUGUUGAACAAAACAUUCAGUUGCCUGCUGCCCUCCUGUCACGUUUUGAUUUACUGUGGCUUAUCCAAGACAGACCUGAUCGGGAGAAUGAUCUAAGGUUGGCUCAGCACAUUACUUACGUCCACCAACACUGCUGCCAGCCACCCACACAGUUCAAGCCACUCGACAUGAAAUUGAUGCGGCGGUAUAUUGCUCUUUGCAAAAAGAAGCAACCAACAAUUCCAGAGAAUCUUACAGAUUACAUUGUCUCGGCAUACGUAGAGAUGCGUAAAGAAGCUCGCAAUAGCAAAGACAUGACUUUUACCUCGGCACGUACUCUUCUGGCUGUUUUGCGUCUCUCUACUGCAUUGGCUCGACUCAGGCUUGUCGAUUCUGUUGAGAAAGAGGAUGUGAAUGAGGCCAUGAGACUUAUGGAAAUGAGUAAAGAUUCACUCAAUCAUAGUGAUGAGAGGACUGGGAAGGCACAGACAGUUACUGAUAAGAUCUUCACACUUAUUCGUGAAGUUGCUGGAGACAGUCGUGUAGUGAAGCUUGGAGAAGUAAUUGAACGUUGUACUAGCAAAGGCUACAAGCCAGACCAGGUAAAUGAGUGCAUUGAAGAAUAUGAAGAGCUGAAUGUGUGGCAGUUAAAUCAAGCUCGCACCAAACUCACAUUUGUGUAAAGGAUGUUUAUUUUAUAAAGGCUGUCCACAUUUCCAGUAGCAAAACUGGAUUUACAAUUUGAUCAAGGCAGUAAUAAAUUUUCACCUCGUUAAAGUUGAAAUGCAUGCCCAUAAAUAUAUUUUGAAUAUUAAAGUGUGAUCUUGUACUUGUAUGUAAUAAAACAAAUGAGAU